GAAUCGAAAAACACGUGAUUGAUAAAAAAAUGAUAACAGGACGAGCUGUGAAUUUUCAAAUUUUCCGGCGUCGGUGUUUCUUCUAAUAAUUAAAAUCGAGUGAAAAUGUUUUAUUUAAUCGGAAUUGGUUUAUACGAUGAGAAAGAUAUCACUGUCAAAGGUUUAGAAAUAGUCAGAAAAGCCAGCAGAGUUUACCUCGAACACUACACAUCCAUAAUAUGGAAGAGCAAAGAAGACUUGGAAAAAUUCUACGGUUGCAAUUUAAUCCUAGCCGAUCGUGAAAUGGUCGAGAUGAACUCCGAUGAAAUUUUGCACAAUUCAAAAAACGAAGACGUCGUAUUUUUAGUAGCUGGUGAUCCUGUUGCAGCCACUACUCAUACAGAUUUAAUUCUCAGAGCGAAUGAAAAAAAUAUCAAGACACAAAUCGUUCAUAACGCAUCGAUUUUCAAUUCGGUUGCAUGUUGUGGACUACAGCUUUAUAAUUUCGGUGAAACCAUAUCCAUUCCUUACUGGACUGAUUCUUGGAAACCAGACAGCUUUUGGGAGAAAUUAAAACGAAACGUAGACGCAAAUCUUCACACAUUAUGUUUAUUAGAUAUUCAAGUCAAAGAACCUACUCCAGAUAGUUUGACGAAAAAAAUUAAGCAAUAUUUACCACCACGUUUCAUGUCUGUUAAAGAAGCUUCCCACCAAUUAAUGCAGAUACUUCAAAUGAAACCAGACUCGAAAAUUACACCAGAAACAUUAUGCGUUGGAUUAGCUCGAGUUGGAGCUAGUGAUCAAAAAAUCGUAGCUUGUUCGUUAGAAGAAAUGCAAUCAGUGGAACUUGGUCUACCUUUACAUUCCUUGGUAAUAGCAGCUCCAAAGUUACACCCUUUAGAAGAAGAAUAUUUGAAACAAUUUUAUAUUUCUUAACCCAAUAAACGAUUCAUUUCGUAAAAAACAUAACAAUUUAUUGACUAAUAUACAAUCCAUAUUACCGAGAAGCGAAUUUCAGAGAGGGAAAAUCGGCGACCUUAAGAAAUAGUACAUCUAGAUCCAACAGAAGCAUCGAUACCUUUUUUCAUAUCAUCUUCCCUGCCGAUAAAGUAACUUUCUUCUCUUUGUUGUUCAAGAUGUGGUGGUAGAGGAGCAUUCCAAUUACGAGGAGGACGAUUAGUACGCGGUUUCCAAACAUCAUUGUUUUCGUGUAAUUUUAUUCUAUUAUCUAACGUCUCCAUUUCGCGUUUGAUUAGCCGAGCCUACGAUGAAACGAUUACGAUAAUUAGCGUUGGAUUAUAUAUCAUAUGUAUUUUAAAGUUUAAAUAUUUGAAAUAAUCAUACCCCAGCAGCGAAAUCGUCUUUCGCGUACUGUUUGCAAUCUUUGUAAUUAUGGUACCAUACAUUACAAUCUGCAAAUUGGCCAUCUCUGUAAUAUUGAUAGAAGCGUGAUUUUACUGCUUUACAGUUGGCGUAUUCUACAUCGUAUAUUGUACAAGGUCUGAUCUAAUAAAAAAUAAUGAAAUGAAUUAGAAACUCUGAGUAGUUAAUUUAUAAAUAUGUAAUAAUGUAGACGUAGAAUGUUAAACUUACCAUCCAUUCGUUAUUAUCAACAAAUUUUCGAUCUUCUUCAACCUUCUGCAAUUCCGGACUUAAUUGUGCCAUUUGGAUAUUUCAGCACGAGAAAUUUCGCAUCUGAUUAAUAAAUUUUACUGAUCUAAGCUGCCUAUGAUCAAAAUUUAAUUUCUUUCAUCAUUAUUCGCUACUAUCAA